UUUAAUGUUAUACUUAGUUUUUAAAAUAUUCAAAGUGUAUCACAAAAACGGUAGUAUCAAGUUUUCCAAGAAAGUUCAAUAAAGCUUACUUGCCUCUCAUUCCCGGUUCGAUCUAAGAGCUCAAGUGGAUUUAUUGUACUAUAGUGUUUCUAUUGUGCAAUAGUUCAUAAUUAAAGUACACAAAAAUUUAAAUUUAGCUACAAUGUAGUUAAAGAGGUUAAUCGUAUGGUUUUUAAUAACAUGAACAUAUAAAAUCUUAAAUAAAGAUCUGCCGUAAUAAAAUAGAAGUAUAAAAUUGUUAAUACGAUAUACAUUUAUAAAACGAAGAGUAACUAAUUAUUUGAAGGCAAUUAAAAUAUUUUCAACAAUCGUCGAAAUAAGUUCCUAACUCAUAUUGACGUCAUUUCCAACUGGAUGCAAAUAAUAAAGGGUAAUGAGAUCAAAAAAGGCAUUACCUUCACCAUACUCAUACUGGUCUUACCAUAUAUGUACGUUUACACAGUAUUAACCAUUGCUUGAAUAAAAUAACCGACGUCGGACAUAUAAUAUAGAUUCAAGAUGCAUCUCUAGGUGGCUCAUCUGAAGACGAAGAUCUCUUAGGUGUAUUGCGGGGACCUAGUACUUUCGCGAACACUUUUCUAUAUGUUGGCCUUGGUACAAUUGCCUUGGGUUUGGUGAUAGCAUUUGUCGGCACCGGAGAGAAGGGCUUCAAAACAGUGGAAUUGCGGCUUAUAGGACCUUCGUUAAUAGGAAUAGGAUUGGUGUGCUGCAUGCUGCGAAUCUUAUUCUGUGUUUGCCCUUCACAUUGUAUUUCAACCACCAAAAAUAAUUUAAAAAAAGAUUGUAACAAACAUGAUGCAGACUACACUACUUCAUUACUGCGAGGGGAGAGCAAUCGCUUGUCGAUGGCACGAAGAUCGGGUGUGCAGCCAUAUUCACUUGCAAACAAACGCAAUAGUAACAAAAUACUAAACGAAGGAAUGGAAGCUUUACGACAAAUAGCAACAACAUCUUUAUUUAUGCAGAAUGAGCAGAAAUCCUCAUCGAGUCGGGUAGUUCCAAUAAUCAAAGAGCCAGAAAACAUUGGCGAGUGCAUUUUUAUGAAGACUGCUAGCUGCGAUGAAACUUCCGAUAUGAUUUAUAAACAAAAUGCCACGCUAUAUAACAUGGUCUAUAGCUCAGAAGAGCCUGAAUCCAGAGUGAAUGAGUCAACAGAAUCAAAUGUUAAUAUAGAUGCUCAGUGCACAGCGUCAUUGGAGCAACAAAAUACUUUGUUGCCAUCAAUACCAAUACCAGAAGAAGUAACAGCCAGUCCAACAAGCAAAUUGUCCCGGACACGCAUGGCAUUGAACCACAAAAUUAUUCCGCAGGCACCCUUCAUUGCCAAAAAUGAUGCAAACGACAAAGGCUUGUUAAUGGAAACUUCGUUGUCUAUAAUUAAGUCAUCGACUAUUGUCAGCGGACUUGCAUUAUCCGUAAUACCUGGAACAAACUUUGCUGCUGAAAACGAAACUUGUAAUGCAUCUGGAUUCACUCAUAACGAAGCACUUCCCACACCCACUGUAUCUCGAAAAAUUUGCGUUAUUAACCCAUUGUCAGAGCCAGAAUCCAAUAUGGCGUCCAAUUUAUUAUCUUUGAACAAGUCAAAUACCAAUAUUAGCGCCUCGAAUACACCUAUUAUUACAAGCAAAUCCAAAUGCCAAUCAGCAGAGUCAAUUUAUCUUCCUGGCCAAAUUGAUGAGAAGGUCGCAUCAGAGAAAAACUUGAUAACUGAAUCAAAUAAUAAUAAAAAUUCCCAGAUAUCGAUGCCCAAAUUUUUGAACACCAGAUUUAUGUUCCCCUUUCCUCCAUCAUAUUCUGACAGUGAAUCAGAAGGCUCUCCGGAGUUAUCACCUUCACAGUCCACAGUUAUUCAAACUAAGUUACCAGGAAGGGAUCAAUCACCUAAUGCCAGCGCUGCUUCCAACAUAAGUAUAUCACCUGACAACAUAUAUGAUCCACAACAAAAUCAAUCCAAAAACGCAUUUGAAUCGGAACUUUUACUUAGUCCAGCUAAACUCGGUCAAUAAAUUUCUCAAAACACGUUUUGCUGAUCGCUAGAAAAUUUAAAUUAGACCUUGUACAAAUAUUCUUACAAAUAUUCACGAAGAAAGGAAAUGCUCUAAGUUAUUUUAUUGAAAACAUAAUAGCCGGAAAACUGCCUGUAUCUUAAUUUAGGGCAAACUACGUGUAUGCUGAAGUUAGCCAUCAUCCGCUCCUAAAGAAACUUACAUUUGAGUUCCUUUGGUAGUUUUCUACGCGUGAAAAAGUUUUGCGGAGAUAAAUACAAGUAUAACUGGCUGCUGACUUCCGGAAAGCGUUGCGUGCAAAAAACACGCCACGAUGAAUGCUUUGGAAAGCAGGUGCUUUCUAAUGCGCGUAAAAAUAUGGGGGUUAGCAAUGUUUUCACUUUACGUUGAAACUUAAACGUUCUGUGCGACAUGGUCAUACAUAUCAGUAUACUUAUUUUGACCAGAGACCGAAACUAACAGCGCCAUUUAUAAAAGUUCCACCAAAAGAUAUUUAUUUUUUGUUAUAAAAAAUGAGUCACUCACUAUAUUAUAUGUACAAAGUUUUUAGUUUAUCUAUUUGAGCUAGACUUUUUUAUUUCUUGUUUUUCGCUAUAUUUAAAUAUUAUAUGUACAAAAAUUUUAGUUUAUCUUUUUGGACUAUACUUUUGUCUGAUUUGUUAUUGUUUAAGUUUCGAAUUGAAGUUAUAUUUGAUUGUUUAUUUUAAAUGAAACGCUACUCAGGUGGGCUUUGGGAGUUUGUUUCUAAUAAAUACAGGUUUUUAAUUGCAGAACAAAAGAUGGUCAGAAAGUCGCGCAUUGAAGUUCGGAUCUUUUCUUGAUAUUGACAAGGAUAAUAAAGAAUCAGAAUGUAAAAUUAAAAACUAAUAUACAUGUAACAGAGAUCACUAGGUGAAAUUUAAACUGGCACAUUCUGCCAAAAUAUAUGGAGAUUUAAAAACAUAUGUAUGUAUGAUAAAUAAUAAUAUUUUUAGUUCUGUGAAAUUCAAACUUAGUUAAUUUUGGAAAAAGUAAAUUAAUAUUAAAU